AUGAAAACAAGGGCAGACGAUUCCUCAGAUAAGAAUUCACUGAACACAGAAGGAGAAGAAGAAGAAGAAGAAGAAGAUGCCUUGCCUUAACAUUUCUACAAAUGUCAGCCUUGAAGGUAUCGACACCUCCUCUGUUCUCUCCGAGGCUUCAUCGACCGUUGCCAAGAUCAUCGGCAAGCCAGAAAACUACGUAAUGAUUGUGCUGAAGGGAUCAGUACCCAUGUCAUUUGGGGGCAAUGAGCAGCCAGCAGCAUAUGGCGAGUUGGUGUCCAUCGGUGGUCUGAACCCUGAUGUCAACAAGAAACUGAGUGGUGCAAUUGCUACAAUUCUGGAGACCAAGCUAUCUGUUCCCAAGUCGAGAUUCUUUCUCAAAUUCUACGACACCAAGGCCCAUCAGAGUCAAGAGUAUGCACAGUGUUUACAUGCUUUACACCAGAACUAGAGAUCAUGGAUCCAACUUUGGAUGGAAUGGCUCCACUUUCUAAGUUACCUUCAUCUAUUAGCUCUUGAAAUUCCCAACUUUUAUAUGCUGGGACGUACUUAUAAGGAUUUGGUAUUGUUAACUCGCCAUAUUAUAUUGAGUUUUAUCUAGAUGACCUGUGACUUUUGGUCAUGAAUCAUAGAUCUAGUUAUUAUCUACCAA